AUGAGUAAUAUUCAGAACCUUAAGUCCUUUGAUCCUUUCGCCGACUCGGGUGACGUUGAAACAGAACCUACAAACUAUAUUCAUAUCCGUAUACAGCAGAGAAAUGGCCGGAAAACUUUGACUACCGUUACCGGUGUUCCUGAGGAAUAUGACCUCAAGAAAAUUCUGAAGGUGUUGAAGAAGGACUUUGCCUGUAAUGGCAAUAUUGCUAAGGAUGCAGAGGUUGGCUCUGUUAUCCAGUUGCAAGGAGACCAAAGACUCAAAGUGAUGCAGUUUUUGGUCAAGCAGUUGGGCAUGCUAAAGAAGAACAUCAAGAUCCAUGGUUUCUAA